GUGCGUCGCGUCUUUUGAAACAAGCGGUCAAGGUGACAGUGAGGGGCCGGGUGAGGACUAGAUUUGCAGAGGUGUGGAGCGCGUGGAUGCCACAGUGAUCCACUAGACUGACGUCUCUCCGGUAGCGCAGACGAACACCGCAGCAGCCCGGUUAUUCUACAGACUUCAGUUCAGCCAAGCAGUCGACGGUCUCUCUCCUGCGCAGAGAAACACAGAGAGCGGAAUAAAAAAAAAAAAAAAAAGAACUUCAGCAACGACAAGCUGUAGUUUUGCAGCAUGAUCCACCUUCCGCAAUCUCCGUUUCAACGCACGAGCCCAGCAACUGUUUGAUUUUGCUGGUGUGAAGCCUUUUUUUUUGGGAAAGAUUCGUCUUUUUUCCUCCUCCGGCUGAUGUAAAAGAAUCAACCUCUCUAUAUUGGAAUGAUGUGGACCUCUCAUGAUACUGUUGGAUUUGUUUUCUUAGCCGGAUUUUGUGUGCAAUUCGGAUUCUCCUUUGAAGGUCGCUUCACGGAUCUGCCCUCCAACAUGACGGUUAAAGAGGGACAAAACAUAGAAAUGGCGUGCGCGUUCCAGAGCGGAACCGCGUCAGUGUAUUUGGAGAUCCAGUGGUGGUUCGUGAAAGCGCCGGAACCCACUGACAGCGAGGAAGACGUGGAUGCCGAAGAGAUGGAGAUGAUACCAGAGCUGGAUCCUGACGACGAGGGGACAAAAAUAAGUACAGUGAAGGUCCAGGGCAACGACAUCUCACACAAGCUCCAGAUGUCCAGAGUCAGCAAGAAUGAUGAAGGACUGUAUGAGUGCAGGGUGACGCGCGCCAACUACGGGGAGAUUGUGGAAUACAAAGCCCAAGCCUGGCUGAAGGUCAACGCCACGGCCAGGCCGAGACGACCACAGCCACCUCUCAAGAAAAGCUCCCCGCUGCACCUGACGGACAAGAAGCCGAGGAAGUCCAGCUCUUCUCUGGGCCACGACAGCAUGAGUUCAGACCAGAGGGUGGACUCCACUUCAACCUCUCACACAUCCUCCAACACAAAUAAACACAACCCUGGCUCAGGUACAAGAAUAUCAUCCAGCUAUGGACUGGCGGUCCUCCUUCUGGCAUGUGGUUUGGUGAGGGGUGCCUUGUUAUAAUUUGGAGAACUGACAUGGUUUGUGGCCAGAUCUCGCUCUCUCUCUCUCUCCCUCUCUCUCUCCCUCUCUUUUUGCUCUCAAAGCGAACAAAAAAAUUGCCUGUUUUUUUUUUUUUUUUUUUUUUUUGGUUGUUUGUCUUUUCGCCCCUUCCCACCAUGCGGACAGCACAGUUGGCCCUCAUUUCCCAGCGUCCACUGCUCUUGCACCCAGCACAUUGUUAUUAGCCACUGUAAACACCAGUCACCUUUAAAAACCAGUCGGAUUACCUUUUGUACAGACGUCGACUCGAACACCAUCCGAGGUGCAAGGCUCCGCUGUGAAAACAGACUCUAGUUGGAAAACUCUCGUGGAGGAAUGACUUUCUAAUGGUUUCCACUGUUCCUGUCCAUGGUUCAUUGCUCAAAUGUGAACAAAAAAAAAAGGAGAAUCUACAUUUGUGUAAAAUAUAUGAUUCUAGAUAUAUAUGUUUUAUUUGAGACACUGAGAAUUACUAUAUGUGCUGUAUACAUCGCUCACCAUGUUGGCCAUGGAACGUCAGUGUGAAAAGGCACUCUGGCCCUCUCAGAGAAACAAAAUAUAUUCAAGUACAUGCUAAUUCAGACUGUUAACAAUCAACCAUCAGGUUAAAAGUGGUUAAAUUUGUCAUUUUCCUUCAGCUGUCUUGGCCAUCCAAAUGUGCUUACGUGCAUAAUUGAACAUCUUAUUGGUGAUACAGGUGUGCAUGCUUCUUGCUCUGAAGUCCUUAAUGUGCGGGGAAAUAUGUAAAGUGAGCUUCAUGGAUCAGCACUAAUUGGAGUUUGAUGUAACAGUAUGUUGAAUUCCGCUUUAUUUUGAUGUGCUAGCUUUGGUGUGAAGAAAAUAAUUCUUGUUCCUUGUCAUUUUUUUUAAUUUGUAUUGCAUCCUCAGUAGGAAUAAAAAGGAUGUCACAAUUUAUGAGUCAUUUAAAAUCUUAACAUUUGACCGUUGGAUGAUGAAUUUAAAUCCGCUUUGCACCAUUUUUUUUUUUUUUAAACAGCAUGCUCGAGUUGCUGUACAGCUACAGCUGCUUCACGAUGACUCUCCGGUGACUCCACGGUGACUGAGUAUUCCUCCACUUCAGAUCUACAAUACAUAUAUUUAUAGUGAUAGUUUGUUUUAUGUUCAUGCCAACACACACACUCACACAUUUCCAUUUCCAGAUGUUUGUUCUGCUGGACAGCGUCAUAAGAUGCAGUGCAACACACGUUGAUUGAUUUAUCAUUGUAUGACCUCCACAUGUUCAGAAGAAGUUAGUUGUCGUUGAAAUUCUCCCAAUUAUAUUUUUUUAAGCUUUAUUUUCAGAUGAUAUAUCCGAGUUUUUUUUAAUGACGCAAAGCAUUUAUGAGCAGAAGGCUUUGACAAUCUGACACAAACACAGACGGAGGUGUUCUUUCGGUUUCAUAGCGCUUGGUAAGCUUCCGAUUACUACAGCGAUGCAGUAUAAGCUUCAAAAUAAACAGGAUUUUUUUGUUGUUGUUAACUUUUGAGCCGAAAAAAGGAAAUUGUGCACCAUCCAUCAGGAAGGCAGUGGUUCCAACUCAAACUGAAACAUUUAUGAAUAAUAGAGUAGUUUAUUUAUGUCUCAAGAGCUGUAAGUGAAUGUUGCCCGCCAUGAGGAUCAUGCUGCUGGAGUGCAGCGGUCGCCCCGCAAUAAGAUCAAUAUUUUAUUUUGGCAGACAUCGACCCCUAAGCACAUUCAUUUUUUUUUUUUUACACAGUUGAUGCCCAGAAUUGACUCUAAGCUAACAUAAAGCAUGAUUAUGUGACCUCAUGUGUUGUACGGUAUAAUCUAACAUGCAUACAUAACAUACAGAUGAAUUCCUCCAGCGAUUAAUGAGCUGUGUGUUUUCUAAAAGGCUAAAUACUCACCACCCGUUGAGCUUUUAUUCCGCUUUGCAGUCAAAGCAACAAUCCCUUCUGUACAGUCCUACUGCAUUCCCAAAGAACUCUGGGGGGGUGGGGGAGGGGGGGGGGACGUGUUGAUGCAGUGCAAAGGGUUCAAAAGGCAGAGUGUGUGAGGCUUCGGGAUCAGACAAGGAGCAUCAGCAGCUUCCAGCAGGGGGGUACAAGAUGUGCAGGUGAUAAAGGGUGCAACCCUGUCUAAUCCCUCAAGUCCAAAAUAGCUUCAGGGUGUUGUUUGGACAGUUAAUCUAGCAUCACCAUCAUAUAUAAAUAUAUAAGCAACUCCGCAGUGACUGGAAAACGAUUGCUGUGUUUUAAAAUGUUAUGUAUAAAGAUUCAGAAUGUUUAGUUUGCAGAAUAAAGUACAGCUUAUUUUAAGGUAUUGAGAAUGGGAUGUUGGAUGUUGAUUGUGUUGGGAAUGUGCAGCAGCGCGUCGGAGAGUGUGCACAGUACUAGUGGACGGUUUUGUCCAACCCUCAUGUAAAAAGUUACAGAUCUGUACAACUUGUAAAUGAAAUAAUCAGCAUGUUAACAUGUUUUUUUUGUUUUU